CGUGUAGCUUUAGGUUGUAUAGAAACAUAGAAAUGCUGUUGCCUGCAUUGCCUUGACUUGUGAAAUGUUAAUUCUCUGUUUUAGGAAUUUGGAUUUUUCUGCAUAGGUGUUUGCAUGUGUAAUUUAUCAUUUUUGGAUCUCAUUCUUCAUGCUGGGCUUAGCUAAAGGCAAUAACUCUGCUUUCUGCGAACAUUUCGAAAGUUCAAUUUGUUUUCUUAAUAUAAUGAGCAAGGAAUUAUCUGGUCGAUGUAUUGAUUGAUUUGUAGCUGCAUGUUUGAGUUUGAUGCAGUUCCAAAUGAGCUCUUAUGUUGUCUACUCACUAGUAUAUCUUUUAAAUGACUUGUUUACUCGCUAUCACGAUCAGCUUGAAUUUAAGCAUAUACCUCAAAUAUGUAGCUUGUCCGUUUGUUGAUCUGGCUUUAUGGUUCCCUAAUUGAAUCAGGGUUGUGGCUAAGCUGACUUUUUCAUGUUUAAGUGUAACCAUGUGCGUGGACAUGUAAUCUUUCUAAUGCUUGCUUGGUCUUAUUAAUUCGUCCACUGCUCCUUUUUGUAUCCAGACGAAGAAGCACCACAAUCCUUUUUCUUGGUAAAAUUUCCAGAUAAUCACUGUUAUGGGUGAUUUUUCAAUUCAGAUCAGUUCUAACCUUGUUAAUAGACUUGCUGAUGAUGGUGAGAAGUUGAAGAGGAAACCAAAGAAAACUAAAGCUAAGGUACCCCGAGAAUCUGCCCUCCCCCAAACUAAGGUGAAUGAAAAGCAACAUUAUGAUGAUCCUGAAACACCCAAAGGGAUUCCUUCUCCAGGAUGGCCAGUACAAGCUCCAUUGUUCUUGCCAGCAACCCCAUCUGCUCAUUCUGUGAAUACAGAGUUAGAUGCAAUUAGAUCUGUCAUUCAAGAAAGUGAAAGGGUUCUGGAAAAGUUGCAGAAGCAGGAGGAUAGCAUCGUGCAAGAAGUAACUGAAAGAGCCAAGGAUCUUCGUGAUAAGGAAUUCAAGCUUCCGUAUCAGAAGCCUAUGCCCUGUUUGGCUGAUUAUGAAGCUUGUCGGGCAUGUUACAAGGAGCAUGGUAAUGAUAUACUGAAAUGUGCCCCUCUGACUAGGAGUUAUUAUGAUUGCGUACGCAGAGUUAAGCAGCAAUCUAGUUUGGCAGGUCAGUAGUUUUUCAUGGAGGAAAACUUUCAGAUUCAUCAUAGACAUUGAUUCCAAGCCAAUUGCCAGUUUGAGAGAUAAGUGAUUACAUCUUUGAAUGCAAAUAAACCAAACAUUGAUUCUCAUUACUGUUAUUGGAGUAUAUCCUCUGCUUUCUUGAUGUCAUUUAGGAUUUUUGUUAAAUCUGUUGCUUCUUUCUAUCCGGGAACUGUGUUUUGCUUCCAACAAGUCAACUUUCAGAGUUUGGACAUUGUACUAAGCUUUUGAUUCCUGCACAUUGACAUCACAGCUUUGUUGCUGUUGAAGUCAGAACUCUACUUGUAGCCCACCCAAUGAAUAUCAGAUGCAUGAUACUUUUCACAA